AGAGAGACCUGGACAGAUACAUCCGAGUGGUUCAUCUGGUGCAUUCAGGGGGUACCUCCCAGGUAGUUCUUCUAGUUGUUCGUCAUCUUCUUUUACCUCAUCGUCAUCGAGCUCCUCCUCUGCUCUGAACCCAGCUCCAUGGCGCCGAGAGUUGGGCUUCGAUUUUGACGUGAACAAUAUCACGGAAGAAAUGGUGACGAAACUGGUACAGAGGAUAAAGAACGAGCCAGACAGGACGUUGCCCAAGAGUUUUGUGGCAACGCUAGUCAAAAAAGCUGAAGCUCUCUAUACAAAGUUGUACACACAACCUUUGGUGAAACUAGAGCCGCCGAAAGAAGGCCGAAUGGUCAUAGUAGGAGACACGCACGGCCAAGUCGAGGACCUCUUCUGGAUAUUCUUCAAAUAUGGGAGGCCAACCGCGAAAAACGUCUACUUCUUCAACGGUGACAUGGUCGAUAGGGGCAUGUAUUCACAACUUUCUCAUUUUUUCGUUGUCACUUAACUGAAGAACCUUUCCCUUGUUUCUUUCGUACCUCCCAUUUGCCCUCGGCCUGAUUUAAAAAUUCGAGAACGAAUAGAUCACUUCAUCUAUGUUCUAGCUAUGACCUUCUAGAACGAAUAGAUCACUUCAUCUAUGUUCUAGCUAUAACCUGCAGACUUGAGCAGCAAUCGCGAAACAACUGGUCAGAGUCAACAAUAUGUCCUAGUCCUUUAUUCUAUCUAUCCUACAACACUUCCUCCAGGCGCGGCACCGAGAUUCUGAUUUUGAUGUUCGCGCAUCAGCUGUGUGAUCCGUCUUGUGUGCAUGUGAACCGUGGCAAUCACGAGGACGCGAACAUGAACGAGAGAGACCGGUCCAUAGGUGGUGGAUUCGCACAAGAGUGCAGAGGCAAAUACGGAAAUGAUGUUUAUCAGGUAAGAAAGUAGUACCGAAAUAAUGAUGCUCAUGCUUAAAUCAAAUACCAGAAGCAUUACCAAUCUGAGUCUACUGUUACUAUUGGUUUCUAAGUAUAUCAAAAAUGUGAUUAAGAUGCUCUAAUAAAAAUGGGGGUCACUUUACCCUUAGUACGUUCGAAUUUCAUCAUUUCCAUUCUUGCCGUUGCCUUGCGGAUGAUUUCCAAUCCCUACAACUUGAACAUCAUUCAUCCUGAAACACCACGAUAAACCCCAAAAACUCCUAUACUAAGUACACAACUUCAACUUGUUCUACAAAACAGACAAUCCAGAAGACGUUCAAUCUGAUGCCUCUUGGUACUGUGGUCUCCAACAAGCUGCUCAUUAUUCACGGCGGCCUUUUCCGAUGCCCCGGAGUCACGCUGAAGCACAUAAACCGUGUCAACCGCCUGCGCGCUUGCCCUGAGCAUCCGAGUAGCGUAGGAGAGUGGAUUUUCUUCGACUCUUUGUUUAAGGCAGAAUCUCUAAUACAACGGGAAUGCAUCUUCUUUUUUCUAGUUAUUCUUUUUUCUAGUUAGGUCCGUCGGCUCCACCAAUAUUAUACGGGAAUGCAUCGAUUAAUCACCCCCGUCUAGUCGGUUCACAUUAUAAAUUAUACGGGAAUGCAUGCAUCUACUUGUUCAAAGGACGAGGUUUACUUCAAAUUUCCUUACUAUGCACAAAAGUUUUGUCUCUUCAUUCAGGUAGAAGGUGAAUCACUUAUUCGUAAUAUUCGUAGACUAAGACUAAGACUCAGUUUGUAACAUGCAUACCCGUGUAAGGACUGGGUAUAUCAUCAUCAUCAACGUCUCGUUGUCAAGAUGCCGACUUUCGUUGUAGACUCUACGCGCUAAUUUGUGGGCAGAUCCGAACCCGACGAAAACAAAGGGGAUAUCAAAACGGGGCGAUGACUGCUUCAGCUUCGGAAGUGAGACGACAAAGAGGUUCCUGAAGGAAAAUGGAUUGCAUAUGGUACUACAUUGUUCAAGAAUAAGUACUAUUAAAGCAAGAACCUCCAUACAAUUAUUACAGAAUAGGAAUACUAUUAAAGCAUAAGCAACCUCCAUACAAUUAUUACAGAAUAGGAAUACUAUUAAAGCAACCUCCAUACUGAAUGGUGUUGGUAUUUGGUAACCUGAUUUUGAUCAUGAUGAAGAAAACAAGAAGGAAAUCCUUGUGAUUGAAUUCAGGUUACCAAAUACUAGAACCAUACAAUUAAAGCAACCUCCAUACAAUUAUAGAUUACAACUUCUAGUUCUACCGUGCUGAGAUAUUAUGCUGGAUAAAUGUUUGAGAUAGUAGAGGUGAUCUCAAGCACUCUUACAUCCUCUCCUCUCCAGGUAGUCCGCUCUCACGAGCUCCCUGCAAACAGCCGGGGUUUCCAGGUGCACCACGACUCGAAACUAAUCACGAUUUUUAGUGCUUCCAACUACUGUGGGACUAGUGUUAAGGCUCCAUGCCUAAAGAUAAAUGCAUCUAGAUUUUCUCUAGAUGAGGAGCAUUCACUCCAGGAUCCUGUACAUACUUCUACUCAAGAAGAUGGACAACUUCUAAUAGUCGCAACUACGGAGCUGUGAUGUUACUGCAACCUUCGUUAGAGUUCGAAAUUUUUGAGCAUUGGGCACCCGAACUCUCCGAAAUACUGGACCUAGAGCAGGAGAACACUUUGGCGUGUCAAGCAGUGAUGCACACACUCGAAGACCUCACACGUCGCGAGGAAAGCUACCGGCGUGGCAUCCGCAGAAAGAGCACUUUUCAACUCGAGUCGGAGAUUGUGACGAAACUGAAGGUGAAAAUAUGUGAACGACGGGAGCAGCUAGCUAAGUGGUAUGAAGGACAACAAGAAGGUGUUCGUUUAGAUAGGAUGACCUCCAGUCCUGGACAGCAAGAAGGAUCAACAGAGCAAGAAGAUAAAGUCCAAAACGCUUCAGCUAAGCCUAACAAGAGCCUGUCACUCGACACGUUUGUCGAAGGUUUGUCUUCUGUGAUUGGCGAAAACGUUCCUUGGCGCGAUAUGAUAAACUUGCACUUACUACCAGGUUGUACCACGUCAACGAUAACUACUUCUACUUCACCCUCUAGCUCUACAGCAGGUUCAACUACACAUCAAACAACUACAACUACAUCAGUAGACUGGAGCGCAUUCCUUCAGCGUUUUCGAGUUGAAUUAGAUGGCAUCAACAACGUGACGUGGAAGCGCGACAUGCUAGCGACAGUCUUCAACGCAGUGUUGCGUGCGGAACUACCCUUGCGACAGCUGUUUGCGUUGUUUGACCCCAAUCUAAGUUUAAGGCUCAAAUAAAACAAAUCAUCAAAUCAUUCCAUCGACAAGCCAAACUAUAACUUCUCCCUUUCUGUGUGUUUCUCCUUGUUGGGAAUGGGAUUGGGAGAAAUGCAGGCAAGAAGUGAAUUGGUUUGAGCUCAUCUAAUUUGUGGCGCCGUCAGUGAAAAAUCGUUCUCAAAUGUGACACAAAGCUUGUCCCCUAUAGGUGCUAGCGUGAGUCGUUCAGACUUGUCGGCUCUGUUUGCUUUGAUCAGCAAAUGGGAGGAUUUUGGAUUUAUACAAGAAGUUGCAGACGAACAAAAGAUCUUGGUGACUUCGACAACUACAACUAGUGGGUGUGGGAGUUCCAGCACUAUCACGAAGUCAGGAACAGGCUCGUCCUCCUCUCAAGGUCGUGCUGAAGGUGAAGACAAUGGAGGAGCAGAAGGAGCGGGUGGAGUGAGUCCAGCUUCAAAGAAUACUGCUACUGCUUCCAACACGAGUACGAAUGCUUCAGCUUCAAAAACGACCAAAAGUACACCAUGGCCAGAUUGUAGUGUGAUGCUAUUUCUCGGCAAUUUUGAGAACAUUUACCGUCAAUUACUGCCUGCUCCUCCGUCCGCGAGCACACCCCCGGCAGCCUCAUCAUCUUCGUCAACUACACCUGGAGUGUCAAACGGAACCCCUCUCUUUCGGGCAUUUAUCACUGCAGCACGCGAGUGGUUCACGCAGCACGUACAACAGAACACACCUGCCCCUUCUGGAAACACCCCUUCUGGAUGUGCAAAAAAAGACGCUCUGCGUAGUCUGCUAUUGCAGACCUACGAGCAGAGCGAUGUUGACGGGGAUGGGCUGUUGUCCUCCCGUGAAUUUGCCACACUGUUAGAAACAGCCGGAUUUUCUUUCGCAUCCGCAUGCGCGUCGAUCUCGUCUGGGGCACUUAGUACUUGUGCUGCUUCCUCCACUUCCACUAGCACUGGCUCAAUCUGCACAUCUUCAUCUAGUAGCGCCACAACAUCAUCUUCCACAUCUUCAUCUUGCUCAGUUGGUGGAAGUACGAGUCGUGACUUUGCCUCUAUAAGAAAAGAGAGCGCGAAACAAUUGCUGAGGGAAAUCAAUGCCAAGGCUACAACAUGUGGAGGACUUCUUGGUGGUACAACCGGUAGUGGAACUACUACAACAGCAGGUCGUAAUCCCUGCUCCUCCGACAGCACAAUCUCAGCAGCAACAUCAAAGCUUCCGUUUUGUGCUUUAUUGCAUGUUCUGGGACCGAUUCUAGAUGACGUUUGUAAAAAUUGUGGUGGGGAUGCUGGUGGUAGUUGUACACCUUCGCCCCCUUCUUCUACCUCGUCGUCCAAGAACAGGAGCUCCUCUUCAUGUACUCUGGAAGCCUUACAGCAGUCUAUUUUGAGAGGCGAUACAAGAACCGACGAAAUCGUAAUGCUUAUCUACAACAGCAGGAGGUCGCUAAGGAGAGCGUUGCAACACUUUGACCCCGAGAGCUCCUAUCUGGUGCGCAAGAAACACUUGAGGUAUGCACUACAAGGCCUAGCUGUGGCAUUGAGCAAAGCAUCAGGUGGCUCCUCUUCAUCAUGUGGCCCCUCUUCUGCUUCUGGAAGUACUAGCGAUACUAGUUGUACUAGUAGUCAGCAAGAACCACCUCCACUGAACAUGGAUGAGAUCACCCACUUUGUGAGGAAGUUACCAGAGCAUGAGGAAGAUGAAAGCGAACCAAUCAACAAAGAAAAUAAUAGAAGCACAGUCGCAGACCUCGAGGAAGACAAUGAUGGCGAAAAAUGGAUCAACUACAAUACUUGUUUGGAUUCUUUCGUCGUCGUCGAUAUGCAACCUAUGAUGUCGGCAGGAGGACGAGCGUGGAGGAAGCGAUGCAGUACGCUGAUGAACCCUGGUUCUAGUCCUACGUCGACUGCAGCAUCUGCGUCGAGUAGUUCAAGUUCAUCAACAGCAUCAAUAUCUUUCGGUAGACAACAUGUUGGAGGCUAUGGAGUAGGUGGAAGUGGUGGAACAAUAUUAGGACGUGGAAGUCAUCUAUUACCAAGGCCAAACUCAUCGUCUCGGAGAGCAGGUAUACAUCUUCAACAAGGACAAGGUGGCUCUACAACUAGUGCCACGACAAUAGUACGAGGAAGUGGCGAAAAUGUGGGAAGCAAUCUAAACACCAGCAAUCCAAACCUAUCAUCAACGAACAUAAUUACCUCUGACCCCCAGCAGCAAAACAUAACGAGCAACAACCCUCCUGCGAGUAAAACCAACAGCGAACAUCAAGAGUUUCAUGCCGCAACAUCAGCAUCCUCUUCUACGUCAUCCUCUUCUACGUCAAACAAACCAAAUUUACUAGAAGUAGCCAACGCCACUUCCUCGUCUACAACUUCUACAUCCUCCAGCACUAGUGCAACAACCUCCAGCACUGGUGCACCCAUUCCAGCACCAAACCAAUCGCAGCUCUAUUUGAGAAACCCUUCGAAGAGCAAAGCGCCACAUCCUUCGAGAAGUAACAGCGUUAGUCGCAAUUCUGGGCCAGAGGCAGAGGCACCAUCAGCAAAUAACUCCAGCAGAACCCUCGUUUUCCACGCAGCAGCAAGGAAAUCAGUGUCAGAAGUGUUGUCCGCGACAGCGUCUGUUGAUGAGGAUGCUCCAUCUUGUGUGAGAAGAAAUAAUACAUCAGAAAUUAAGGCUGUACCUAAUACAUCUUUGGACGUAUCCUUGGAACUACGUAUGGAGGAGUAUCCACCUAAGGAAGUAAUACUCUCCCUCAUACUUAUUUUCAAGGAUGCGCUUGAAAGAUGAAUUACGGACAGCUCUAAAGAAAGAAAUAAUACACCAGAAGAAGGUGAAGAACUAGAUGGACUACAAAAGAGAACAAUAGAAGCACCAGAAGAAGUUGAAGAACUAGAUGGACUACAAAAGAGAACAAUAGAAGCACCAGAAGAAGGUGAAGAACUAGAUGGACUACAAAAGAGAACAAUAGAAGCACCAGCCGCUAUGCCACCCGUAAGAACUUCUUCUCAGUCACUCUUCUCUUCAACUCCACCUAAAAAGCAACGCCAGAGUCGCCUGCAAGGAGACGACGAGGCACAAUACUUGCUUGAGAACAAAAACACUUUUCUCGAUGUGGAUGUCAUCGUGACAGGAGAAGCCGAAAACGAGGAGGUGGAUGUACUUGAACUGGACCUCGAAACCACGACAAGAAUGAAGAUGGAAGAAACAACUAUUGGUGCUGAAGUACGUACAGGUACAGGCACUACAGCUAGUAGUUCUUGUAGUUCCAGCAGUUCUAGUUGUAGUACAAGUUGUACUUCUACAAGUAAAAUAACGUCUGGUUCUGGAUGUGGAGCUGGUGGUGAUUCUGUUUCUGGUGAUGUAGGAGUAGGUGUUGGGACAGGUUCUUCUUCAUCUUCUCCCUCCACCAGUCCGACAAUAUUGACGACCGCAGUUUCGUCUUCUACCUCCAGCAGUACUAGUUCCUCCGUAUCGAAGCCAACAACUUCUAGCCAGCUUCUUAGAAACGGAACAACUACAGCACAGCGUCGAAAAGGGUCCUUGUCACGGUCGCCAGGAAACUCAACAAAGAGUAUGCUGCGAUCUCCCAAUGGUGCAAGACCUAGUACUAGUAGGGAAAGCUGCCAUAGCCACCUCAAGACCAAAGAGGGUAACAAUAAGCGCAGUAGUGUUACUAGAGGGUCGAGGAAUAGUCGUGGAAGUACUAGCAAUAAUGCAACUGGUUCUAGUUGCACCACUGCUCGUCCUGGUUCAGGUGGCCCCGAACAAGUUACUUGUCCUCUUGUUGUCACAUCAACAUUGAAUUCGAGUACUGCAUGUGGUGGAAGAGAUAGCAAUAGGUAUACUAAGAAAACCAACACUUUUUCCAGUUCUACUUCAUCCACAUCGUCCAAUGUGGGCAGGAACUCCUUGACGAAUAACAGAGCAAACACAGCAUCAGCAGGAAGAACAAGCUCAAGCAGAGAGAAUCCUCCAGCUGCUUCUGCGGCCACGUCUAAAAUGCGACAAUCACCAGACACACCAGGAAGCGCUGGGUUAAUGCGAAGCUUUGAUAGUCGUGCUACGGGAAGUUCCAGUUCGCCCUAUACGGAAGAGGAAAGUGGCAGACCGCAGAAUGCGGGUGGAGGUUCGUAUUCGUCUUUACGGAUAGGGGACAGCAUGUUCAAUGAGCAAGAGAAGACAUCUUCAAAUUGAUGCUUCUACGAUUUUCGAGUUUGAUAUAGACGUUCGUACUUUCUGCAUGUCUGCUACAAAAAAUCUAAAGGAUUUUCGAAGCUCAGCAAACUCGCGAUUCGCAUUAUUUAAUCAAUGGAAGAUGAAGAGAAGUAGUCUUGAUACAACAUGAACUGCAACCAAGACUCCUGCUCUAACAUUCUCUGCGAUCACCGCAGCAUCUGGUGCGAUACAUCAGCCAGGAGAGACGGGAACAAGGGAAAGUGGUUCUUCCGACACUUUUGUACACGGAGAAGCACCAGAUCUUGAAGCUGGAGGUGGACCCAGCUUGUUUCCUUAAGGCUCACCCUAAUCCAUCUUCUGAAGCAUCUUGGACCUGUCCCAUGAUAAGGGGAAAACUACUUACUACUUAUUUAAGGGGUCCAACGAGAUGAAUCCCUCGAUGGAUUAAGCUGAGCUCUAACUCACAGAACUAGGAGAACCAACAACAACAAAUGGGUGUUCCCUUCGCCUCGUGGACCAUGAUGACGGGCUACUUUCUCCACGCAGUGCUGCGGAACUUCUGGGGCUUGGCAGUAUUUCUCUCGGACAAGAAGACGAAGCCUCGUUUCGAUGA